AUGCCUUCUUUUAUCUCUGCGAGAUCCUAUGUCUUUUCCCUCCUGCAGGUCUUGUUGAUUGUGAUUCCUUUUGCAGUUGGAAUAGAUCUUCCACUGUAUCGUACGGUGACUAGAAGACUAGACAAGAGAGACAAUGGCUCGACAGCGAUUGGACUGGGGGAUGUCCUUGAUGUCACCUACAAUGUCGUCAUGAGCGUCGGAAGCACUGUCACGACGCUGGUUGUGGACACCGGGUCAUCCGACUUGUGGCUCGUCUCCGAUGCAUACACUGGCAAUGGCUCUGAGGCCGAAAUACCACUCUACUCUCAUACAGCAUUCCAACCGACUGGUCUAGAUGCUGAGCUCUUCUAUGGUGACUCUCGCACGGGAACAUACGCCUCUGGGCCCAUUGGUGGGGACAUGGCAGGCAUUGCCGGUCUAUCCACCAAUAACCAGAGCUUUGCUGCCAUUAAUCGAACAAACACCACCGUGUUCCAAACCGGAUCUGCAGGUAUCCUGGGACUGGGGUUCCCGCCAAUCAGUAUGAUCUGGCGCCAGCUCCUGCAAGCCGCACUCGCUGAUGAAGGAUCUCCUCUCUCCAAACGCGAGCUAUCGCCAAACAUCUCUAGCAACGUCGACACGGGCACCAUCGGCCAUCCACCCUUUCCCUCCUUCGAAUUUCUCACCCCUGCGAUCACCAAGCGCAGGAAGCGUCUGUCUGAUCCGUCCCACACCGACUUUGCGAUUGCCUCAUUUGCGAUGUUCGGGCCUCUGCUCGCACGGCUUGUGCUGCAGCAGGCGCUGGACCAGCCGCUUAUCACAACGACACUUCAGCGCGACACUGUUCAGUUGGGCGGGAACGCCGGGGUGCUCUCGCUCGGUGGGCUGCCGGCGGGCGUACGUGAGGAGCAGUUGGUGUGGGUGCCCGUGAGGGCGUACACGGCGGAUCAAGGUGGGCUGCCUCCGCCAACGGAUGCGCCGAAUGAGGUGUAUCCGUUGGUUUGGGAGGUUCCCGUAGACGACGUGUAUUUUGACGACGUCAAGCUGCCCCAAUCCGCGCUGGCGUCACCAGCUAUAUCGCUGUCGGCGCUGAUUGAUACCGGAAAUUCACUCAUCCGCGGCCCGCGCGACAUCCUGAGUCAUAUUGUCGCGCGCACUGGCUCGACGUUCGAUUGCAGCGUAGCGCACAACCUCUCGUUUCUGAUCGGCGGCAUGCUCUUCCCCGUCGACCCGCGCGACUUUGCGCGUCCGAUUUCGAGCGAGUCUGGCGACGACGCAGUGGCAAAGUGCUCACCUGCACUGGCGGCGACGGAUCCGCCUGGUGUGGGCGGCUUCCUGUACAGCUGGAGUUUGGGUGACCCGUUCUUGAAGUCUGCUAUGGUUGCAUAUUACUAUGGCAAUCUGACACAUCCAUCUCAGGAUCCUCCUCGGGUAGGCCUGCUCUCUACGGUUCCGGCAAAUGUAACGCAGGACCUGCAAGAUGCGGUAGAAGCAGCCAUAUCUAACGGCGGGUUUCCAGCAACCUCCAAUGCGGCUCCUUCUGGAACUCUGGCGCCGACCUUGUCAGGCUUGGACAUUAUUCCGCCGCCGACGCACUCUUCAAAUGUGUCUGUGUUCUGGACUAGUGGCGCUGCUACCUGCACGAACAACGUAGCUCUAUGGAUUCCUCUCUUGGUCGGCAUGGUCAGCGGGCUGGUGCUUCUUGGGUCUUUGCAGAUAUGA